GUUUUUGUAUAUAUAAAUGCAAAGUCCCGGUCCAAAUCCACUCAAACGAAGCAUACCGCAGAGUUUGUUCAGUGAUUUUUCUGAAGUUUUGUUAUCUUACUAUAAAUUUCAAGUAUGAAAAACUUUGUGGUGAUAGUGAUUCUGGCUGUAUAUUUUACUACAACAACUGAGUCAUUACAAGAGAUAAUGAACGCAGUUCAAAAAGCUCGUCUAGAAGAUAAAGCACCCUGUUUGCAUCUGCUCUCAAAUGAAACACUCAGUAUAUUGAAAACAAGAAGACACCUUGACAAUCCAGAAACUCGGUGUUUCAAAGCAUGUGUGAUGGAACGUCUAGGAUAUCUCAAAGACGAGAAAAUCUUUAUCGAUGAAUAUGAAAAACUCAUUGAUUCCAAUUUGAAGAGAAUAAAAGAACUUAGCAUGAAAGUUGCGCGAGCAUGUGUUAAUGAAGCUGAAAAAAGUGAAAAUAAGUGUGAGAUAGCACAUAAUUAUAGUAGGUGCAUUUUUCAUCAGACAAGGAAGCAUUACAAUCAAACUGCCGAGGAAAACGAUGAAAAUCAGAACCAACAUUUAUAAAUAUGAAAAAGUUUUUGAUUCAUAAUUACUUUUCUUUACGGUUUAUCUGCUUCAUAAUUAACAGUUUAAAAAUAAACAUUUUGUUUCUUAUUAUUAUAAAAUUGUAGUAAGGGUAUAAAGGUUGAUCUUUGAUCAAAAAUAUA